GAUUUUCUUGUCCGGUGCCGGCCCUCUGCACUGGCAGUCUACGGUUUCGAACCGGUGGUGGGCGACCGCCUGGAAGCCCUGGCUAGCUUGUACCCUCUGCCUUUCGUCCGGCAGCUGGAAGUCUCCGAUUGCAGAGUCGCUGCCUUGCUGGACUCGCGCGUCACCAUCGGCGCGGCGGCGAAAGGUUCGUCGUGGCGUUUUGACGCUGUUGCUGACAGCUGCCGACUGAAGAAGCUGCCCGCGCGGUGGCUUCGCUUCUUACUGCUUCUGGCUGGGGACAUUGAACGCAAUCCUGGACCGGUCCCUUGCCGACCUAGAGUCCGUCGAGGCUUUUUGGAUCCUGAGGCGGGUUUCGCGCAGAGCACUGCCCACAAGAUGCGCAAAGCCCUGGACUCCUUCGAAAGCUGGCUUCUCGAUCAAGCCGGUCUCUCGCUUGAUUGUGUGCUUCAGGACAACGUUGCCGCCGAGCUAGCUUUGCGAGGUUUUGGCCUGUACUUGUACUCCGAGGGCUUCCCGAGGUACCUCCUGGUUUACGCUCUGACCGCGGUGCAGAACCGCUGCCCCUCUUUCCGAAACCACCUCGCUGGCGCCUGGCAAGUCGACAGAAAGUGGCAGCUCGCUGAGCCCGGCGAGUGCCGUUCUGUGUUACCUGCUGCUGCAGUUCGCGCCGCUCUUUGCCUGGCUACGUUGUGGGGAUGGUACGACUGGACCGCGGUAGUGCUCAUCGGCUUCCUAGCAAUGCUGCAUCCUGCAGAGAUGUUGGCGCUGACUCGUCGAGACUUGGUCUUUCCUGCAGAUAGUUUUCAUCAUGUUUCGGCUUUGUUCGUCUACCUUAAGAAUCCCAAAACUGCCCGUUUUGCUAGACGACAGCAUGGUAAAAUCGAUGAUGUAUCUGCGAUCUCCGUUAUCCAGCGCACUUUCGGACAUCUGGGUCCGGACGAGAAGUUGUUUCCUGCAUCCAUGCACACGUUCCGGCGGCUCUGGGACAUGAUCAUGGAACGGCUUGGCAUUCCUUGCCGCGCUGCUCUCCGUGGCGCGACACCUGGAGUUUUGCGGGGAUCUGGUGCCACGCACUUCUACCAGCAGAGUGAAAACUUGCAGCUGUUAGCUUGGCGUGGCCGCUGGGCCCGGUCAAAGACCUUGGAGUACUACCUGCAAGAAGUGGCAGCCCAGAUGCUCCUCAGCGAGCUACCUCCGGAGUCUCGCUCCCGCAUCUCGGCUUUUGACAGGGCUUGUGACGCUGUUCUUUCGGCAUUGCCGCCGCCGCCUGUGCAGCCUGGAUUCACUGGUGGUGCUUCGCAGUAUUGA